UCUCCUCUGUAGUUUUCCGUUUUGUCCGGGAACUGGGUAGUCUUUCAUCAUCAAAAUGCUAGAUAGUUGUAGUUAAAGGCGUAAGGGACGAGCUGACCGUGCCCACUUCUGUGUCUUUCCUACUGGCAUCCACCCUGUGUAUCCUGCUAUUUGCAGGAAUGCAGAUGUACAAGGUCCAGCUGGCCUCCAAGGAAUGGAUGACCAUCCUCGGAGGUUUCCUGGGCUCCAAUCUCUUCAUCUUUGUCCUUACCGCCACAAGCAACUUUGAAAGUUGGCUUUUUGGGCGUGGCUUCCAGGCCAAGGUGUUCCCUGAGGUUCUGUUUGCUCUAGCUGUAGCCAUGUUUGCUUCAGGACUUGUACACCGAGUCUGUGUCACAACAUGUUUCAUCUUCUCCAUGGUGGCCCUUUACUACGUAAACAAGGUCUCAGCAUCCAAGUACGCACCAGUCGCCACUCCCAGCAACCCUGCCAAGGACACGAAGAAGAGGAAAUAAACCCGCCCUUAACUGUGGUCCCUCCAGACCUCCACACCCCCAUUGUACAGUCCAGUGGUCCAUGCUGCCUGAAUGGUUCUUAAGAAACUGGACCACUUGAUUUAACAUUGGGGGGUCUGGUCUGACAGAGACAUUACUGUAACACUAGUUACCCCUGCCUGUUGUCACAAAAAUAGACGAGUUGGAAUAUUGCUUUGAUAGUGUAACUUAAUACAAUAGGAGACUUUUUCUGCAAAAUCUAUGAGAAUCAAUCAAACACCCACACGUCCCAGAAUUCAAGAUACAUCCAAAAAUUUUAGAAAAGUUUUGCUGUUGAUAGUUAUCGUAAAGAAGUACUUUUGGCUAGCAUGGUAUGGUCAAAUUCUGGAAACUAAACCCUCUCAACUGGACACUCCAGUUGUGAGUUUAUUGAAAGAAAAAUCUUUAUUCCAUCUCAUCUACAUGACACCAAGGGACUUUUAAGCAAUCAGAAACCUAAACCUAGAAUCAUUUUACAGUUACCUUAGUAAGCCAGUCUGGAUAGAUUUUAUACCGAAGGCUCUCAGCCUGUAUGGUUCUCUCAAUGAAGAGCCCUAGUGCUAAAUUAGUGUUUUUAUGACAUAUCAUCAUCUGUGCUAGAUACCCACCUAGACAGAACAUGUACAUUUUGUAUAAAGAGUGGGUUGUCCCAAAAGUCUCUGUGGAUUAUGUACAUUUUGUGUUGGGAAACGAGUACACCUUCUUCUGUACUUGUUUCUCUUGGCUGGCUUUAUGGAAACAUUACUUCAACUCUAUCUAACUUCUGCAACAGUCAGUGUAAUCCUCAAGAAGGGGACUGCUGACUCUAUGGGGGCACACAUGUACACUUUUUUAUCACGUAAAUGUUAAUGUGAAGACAGAUGACUGUUCAGCCUAACUCAUUUGGUGUCCUAUCUACCUCGGCCUGCUUUUUGCUGAAUCCCAAAUUUGGGCUACCGAUAUUUGAGUUCAGUCUAACUAUAAGGAUGGUUGAUAGACAUCACACAAGUACUUAAAAUCUGUUCAAGAAUUCCAUUGCAUUAAGACUUAACAAAUUGCUAGGUAUUGAAGAGUUUAACUUUGGGCAGCAGUCCUUCAUGUUAUACACGAUUGACACUUUUUAUUUCUAAAUGAACACAUUCAUAUUUGUUAAAAGAGUAUGGAGGACUGCUGUCUGAAGGUCAUUGUUAUGUGUCUCAGGCCCCUUUUUGGUUACAUUGACUGAAAACACGGGGUGGGUCCCUAUGCUAAGUUAAGGAUACGUCUUAUGUCCCGUGGGUAUCGAUAUUUUUUGUAUGAUGAUUUGUCCUCUUUGUUUGUUGCUGUUUGUAACAUUCCAAUGUUUUGUUCAUUUUUUGUUUUGGUUUUUUUGGAUAACAAGAAAAGACACAAAAAAAGAAAAAGAAACAGUGUAAUCAAAAAAGUGAUUUUGCAAGCAAACAAGUGAAUAGAGAUGAUACUUGAUAAUUGCA